CCCGCCCCGCCGCGGCUCCCUCUCCCCAGCUGAGCUCGCUGCGGCCGGAGCGGAGCAGCAUGGCCGAGCGGGCCGCUGCCCAGGUGGUGUUCAAAUAAAAAGCCAAGGUGUUUGAAGAAGGGAGUAUUCUCACCUUUGGAUUCUGAGCAUUACUCUGAUUCCCUGGGCCAGGCAGCAACCAACUCCUGGAGCUACUUAGAAAUCUUUGAAGUCUCUUCCCUAACAUCAGCUGCAGGAAUCUCUAGAACUGCUAGUGACGUCGUAAUGUAGUAACAUUUUACAUUACACGCCAUGCCAGCUCGCUGCGUGGUGGCCAGGUGUUCCAACACCACCCAAGAUGGUGUGUCCUUGUUCAAAUUUCCAAAAGACCCUCACUUUAGGAGCCUUUGGGACAGAUUUGUUCAGCUGAAGAGAGUGGACUGGAGAGGGGGACACGACCGCUCGCUGAUCUGCUCCGCGCACUUCACAGACGAGUGCUUUGACAUUUCCAGCGUGACGCAAAAAAAAUUAGAAUUUGGAAAGCGGUUGCUUUUAACCAAAACAGCAGUUCCCACUCUGAACGUCUGCCCAAGCAUGAAUGAGAAUCCACCGUCCCGAUCGCAGCCAAAAGGAAGAGGAGCCUUCCGGAAAAAAGUCAUCCCCGAGAUGAUGAGUGGGAAGGCUGAUGAGUGGGAGGUGGAGCCUCGGCCCAUGGCAGCUUUACACAUCUCUGCCCUCCCUGAGCAAACCUCUGUGCAAGGGACGCCCCCUGCAAGUGCAGAAGCUUCCCUCUGGACGGUCUUAGCCGCAGUCCAAGCUAUUGAGAGGAAACUGGAUUCUCACGCCACGCAGUUGCUGAGUCUGGAAGGGAGAAUGGGGACCGCUGAAAAAAAACUAAUAGGCUGUGAGAAAACCGCAGUGGAGUUCAAUAACCAGCUGGAGAGCAAGUGGGCCAUGCUGGAGACGCUGAUCCAGGAGUACGGGCUGCUGCAGAGGAAGCUGGAGAACAUGGAGAACCUGCUGAAGAACAGGAACUUCUGGCUCCUGAGGCUGCCCCCAGGGACUCACGGGGAGGUGCCCAAGGUGCCGCUGACAUUUGAUGACAUCUCGGUCUAUUUCAAUGAGCAGGAGUGGAAGAGCUUGAGUGACUGGCAGAAGGUGCUGUACAAGGACACGAUGAAGGGGAAUUACGAGACCCUGAUUUCAUUGGACUAUGCUGUUUCUAAGCCUGACCUCCUGUCCCGGAUAGAACGAGGGGAGGAGCCGUAUAUCGUGGAUCCACGGGACUCUGAAGAAAGGACUGUUUCUAUUGAACCCCAUGUCACCUCUCCCGUUGCUGCGCCUGGCCUGUUGUGCCAGCCCGAACAAAGCACAGAACCGCGUGUUGGAGAUCAGGGGGAUGCUAAGGAGAGACGUGUCCCUGCAGACUCCAGCACAGUCUCUGGCUGUGACGCUGUAUCGUGGAUUAUACAAGAGGAACAGUCGGACGCGGAGGAUCAGAAACACACUGGGGAAGGAGAGCUCUCUACAGACCCCUGUGCUGGCUGCUCCGCUUCGGCACGCAGCCCUGCGUGCUGGAUGGAUGUUGAGGAAGAGCCAAGCGUGCGGGAUGUGCAGGUCGUGGAGGAAAGGCAAAUCCAUACAGAGCUCUGCCCAGAUGAUGUGAUUGUGAUUAAGACGGAGAUGCAGGAGCACGAAGAGAACCCUGGAGACUUGGAGUCCUAUGACAUGCUCCUGGGAAGUCCAGGGAAAAGUGUUUCCCAGAGUCCGGUUGCCACAGCAGCCCGGGAGGAUCAGUGUGGCUCUGUAACGCCACCAAGGAGCCCAGGAGUCUUGGGAGAGCCGCCUCCAUGUGGAGGAGAUUUUGGUGCCAUCAAGCCUAUCCUCAUACCUCAGGCCAGCCACGCAGGAGGGAGGCCAUGUCUCACGGACACUAAGAGUGGGAAGAGUUUCCGUCUGAAAGUGAGCUUUGGGAAGCAGCACAGGAAUCGUGCCAGGGAGGGACCCUAUCAGUGCACCAAGUGUGCCAGGAGCUUCCGGUGCCAUACGGAGUUUCUCCGACAUUGCACAAGCCACGCUGGUGAGAGGCCUUAUAAAUACAUCGGCUGUGAGCCGACCUACAGCCGGAAGUGGUUCCUUCUGAAUAGCCAACAAGUCCGCGUGGAGGAGAGGCUGUUGCCGUGCACUGCAUGUGGGAAGAGCUUCCGGCUGAAGGGGAGUUUUCUCAGACCCCAGCAAGGCCAUGGGAGGAAGCAUCCACAGGAAAGCAGCAAGGGCUGCAGCUGCCCUGCGGAGCUCUGGGCUGGCCAGUGGCUCCAGGCUAGGGGGAAGGCCGGCCAGUGCACCGAGGGUGGGGAGACAUCUGCUGAGAAACAGCAAGCAUCUGCCGAAUGGCCAGCGAGCGCACUGUGGGGAGUGGCCAUCCCUAUGCCCCCUCUGCACGAACAGCUACAAGGUCCAGGCCAGUUUCCACAAGCACCUGCAGAGCCACAAGACCAGGAAGCCUUGUACGCAUGCAAAGUGCGGGGCUGGCUCCCCAUGUACCACACCACCACAGGAUCAGCAAAGGGUCCCCCAGCCAGAGCCGGCGUCCCCAGGGCAGGCUGGAGAGUGGGAAGACCCCAGGGAGAGGGAUGGGUGACUAGGUCGUAACUAGCGGGUUGUCUCCACGCCAGUUCCUCCCUGCGCUUGGAUGGCUGGGAAAGCACCCAGAGUGCUCCUUG